ACAGGGACGGCGGGGACAGCGGACGGCGCGGUGCACUGCGCGCCCCCCGCCCUGGCCGCGCCCCCCGCGGCACGAUGCAGGCCACGGACCCCGCGGCCGAGCUCUGCGAGGAGGACGGCGGAGACCUGGACUUCUACGACUUCGAGCCGCUCCCCACUCUGCCUGAGGACGAGGAGAACGUGUCCCUGGCCGACAUCCUCUCCCUGCGGGACAGCGGCCUCAGCGAGCAGGAGGCCUGGGCCGUGUGCCUGGAGUGCAGCCUGUCCAUGCGCAGCGUGGCACACGCGGCCAUCUUCCAGACCCUGUGCAUCACGCCCGACACCCUGGCCUUCAACACCAGCGGGAACGUGUGCUUCAUGGAGCAGCUCAGCGAUGACCCCGAGGGCGCCUUUGUCCCCCCGGAGUUCGAUGUGACCGGGAACACCUUUGAGGCACAUCUCACUCCUGGGGCCACGCUGAAGGCGGCCCUGGAGUACGUGGCGGAGCCCACGCUGGGGCCCAGGCUGAGCCAGGACCUGGAGGCGCUGCUGGACCGGAUGCAGGCUGAGGACCCCGGGACGCGGCCCGACCUGGAGGUAGGCGCUCGAAGCAUCAUCGCGCUCUGCGAGGAGAAGAUGCAGCUCUGCACUUCCUCCUGCCGCCUGUGCCGCAGCCUCUGCGUGGGGAGGAGGGUGCUCUCCAUCGAGUCCUUCGGAGCACUGCAGGAUGUUGGGGAGACCCCCUGGAGGGAGAAACCUGCUCCAAGAAGCGCAGGGCCCAGGCGGCCGCCCGGAGACCGCGGUGCUGACCCAGAGCCCCUGCCCCAGCGCCGCCUGCCUGCAGGCCCAGAGCUGGAGACCAGCCCCAGGCCCUCGCCGCCCAAGCCCCUGCUGGCCCCCUCCAUGAGGAACGGGGAGGGCCACGGCCGGGGGGGCCUGGCCGGCCUCUUCCUGGACACCAGGGGCCCCCUGGGCGAGCUGGACCGAGACCUGCUCAGGAGGGGCCGGCUGAGGAAGGUGCAGACGUUCCCCAGGCUCCUGCCCGACGGGCCCGAGGCCAGCGCCCUCCCCCCGCCACUGACCGGCUUGAAAAGCCAGCUGCUCACCUCUGAACUCUUCCCUCCGGACCCCAGGAAGGCCUUUCCGGAUGGGGAAAAUGGCCCUUCCAGCUCCAAGCCGCAGCCCAAGUGCAGACUGUGGCCCGGGCCGGAGCCCACGUCCCGGCUGGGAGGGGCUCCCCAAGCAGGCCUCAGCGGGGCCGGGGGGCCGGGGGCGCCCAAGGCUCCAUGCCCCGGCCAGGAGCCCGCAGAAGAGAGAUCCCCGCCCUGUCCUGCAGACCCAAGAGAGGCAGGCCCUGAAGGCCGGACACCCAGGGGUGACGAGGAGAUUCCGGAAGCAGCCAUGCAGCCGGCAGGUGCAGACUCGGAGCAGCCGGCGCCCCUGCAGGACGUCCUGUCCCGGCUGGGCCGGCCCCUGCGGGAGUACGAGCUGUGGGCCCUCUGCCUGGCCUGCCUGGGCGCGCUGCGGACCCUCCCCCAGCACCCAGCCUUCCUGCGCCUGGACUCCGUGCUGCUCGCCCAGGAUGGCGCCGUGCUCCUCAGGCCGCCCCCUGCCGACGGCUCCUGCGACUCCUUCUUCCUGGCUCCCGAGCUGGCAGAGCAACGGCUGGUGACCGAGAAGGCCUCCGUGUACUGUGUGGCCGCCGUCCUGUGGACCGCAGCCAAGUUCGGCGUCCCCCGCGACCGCAAGCUGGCCCUGCCGCGCAGGCUCAAGACCCUCCUCCUGGACAUGGCCCGGCGCAGCGCCCUGGAGCGGCCGUCGGCAGCCGAGGCUGUCAAGGUGUGCAGUGCUUACCUGCUCCAGCGGGGCAUGGACAGCAGGAAGGUCCUGGCCCACCUGCGGGCGUCCACCUGCGAGGUCUGCCCGGAGGAGCAGAGCGUCGGUCUCCAGACGGCGUCCUCGGUGGUUGAGCUGAAGCCCGGCACGGUGGCGCCUGCUCCAGACCCCGGCCCAGAUUUUGUGCCGGUCAGCAGUGAUGCCGGACUUGUGGCCAUGCCGGGGCCCGUGCCCAGCCAGCCCCCUGGCUGCCAAGGAGCCCCCCAGCUGCCAGCCGCCUUCUCCUCCGUGGCCACUCACCUCAGGCCCAUUGUCCUCCCGCAGGAUACAAGCCUCACCAGGGACCAGCUUGUCUCGAGCCCAGGGCUGGCGGAGAGCGGGGAGGAGGGGAAUGGCCAGCCGGAGGAGGGAGGCAGAGAGCAGAAGCACCCCCCCCAGACCCCCACCGGAGACAGCCUGGAGGUGCCUGGUCCCGUCGGGCCCCGGGGAGCAGCCCCAGAACCUCUCUCGGAGCCGGUGCUUCCGGACUGGGCCCAGGGGCACCCCCAGCCCCCGGCCCCCGAGAACCAGCUGGAGGGGGCGUCACCGGUGACUCCUGGCUCCGCUGCCCCCACCCUGGCCCUGAAGCCAUCGGUGCCGCCCCCGCAGCCAGGGACGGAUGGGCAGGUCCCACCAGGAGCCAUUCCCCCCACGAAGCCACCGCGGAGCAAGGCCACCGACCCCCCGGGCCAGGAGCCGGACGGCCCCCAACCGGCCUCCCCGGGCCCUGCCCUGGCCGGGGGGCGCGCAGACAGCGCCGGGGGCUCCCCCGUGGCAGAGCGGGGGGACGGCGUCCCCGAGAGGCCCCAGCCAGCAGACCACAAGCUCUGCCCGCCCGGCGUGGACGCCUCGCCGCCCGCGCAGGGGACCGCCUGCCCGUCACUGCGGGAGGCCACGCGCCUCAUCCAGGAGGAGUUUGCUGUGGACGGCUACCUGGACAACGGGCUGGAGGCCCUGAUCAUGGGGGAACACAUCCUCGCCUUGAAAGACCUCUCCUUCGCCACCUUCUGCGGCGCCGUCUCCGAGAAGUUCUGCGACCUCUACUGGGACGAGAAGCUGCUGCGGAGCCUCUUCAGCGUGGUCAACGGGCCGGCCUCGCCCUCGGGCAGCGCUUCCGAGGAGGCCGGGCCGCGGCCCGAGCGCAGGCUGAGCGGGUGCUCGCUGUCUGGCCAGAGGCCCACGCUGCCGGGACCAGGGAAGGACAAGCCGGCCGCGGGCAGGACCAGCAGAGCCCCCAGCCUGGCCCCCUCCCUGCCGGACGCCGACGCCGACGAGCUCUCCCAGGGCAACUUCGAGGUGGGCUUCCGGCCCCAGAAGUCCACGCGGGCGGAGCGGGAGCGGCAGCCCGAGGACGGCCGGCCGGCGUGGGGAGCCGGGGACGCGGAGGCCAGGCCCGGGGAGGGCGGCCCGGCGGCGCCCCCCGGCCCGGCAGGGCUGCAGAGCUGCAACCCCGGCUGGUCCAGCGCCUUCUACGAGGCGGACUGCUUCGGGGCGGACGUGCACAGCUACGUGAAGGCGCUGGGGCGGCAGGCGGCCGGCGGGAGCGCGCAGCCGGACGCCCAGGCCCCGGAGCUGGAGCAGCAGCUGGUGAUGGAGCAGAGGAACUACCGCAAGACCCUCAAGUUCUACCAGAAGCUCCUGCAGAAGGAAAAGCGCAACAAAGGGUCGGAGGUCAAGACCAUGCUGUGCAAGCUGAGGACGCAGCUGGAGGAGACCAAGUCCAGGGUGCAGUUCCUGGGCCUGGUCAAGAAGUACCUGCAGGUCCUGUACGCAGAGCGCUGGGGCCUGGAGCCCUGCGCCCUGCCGGUGAUCGUGAACAUCGCGGCGGCCCCCUGCGACACACUGGACUUCAGCCCGCUGGACGAGUCCUCGUCCCUCGUCUUCUACAACGUCAACAAGCACCCGGGCGGUGGCCGGCAGCGCAAGGCACGAGUCCUGCAGGCGGGCACGCCGCUGGGGCUCAUGGCCUACCUGUACUCCAGCGACGCCUUCCUGGAGGGCUACGUGCAGCAGUUCCUCUACACCUUCCGCUACUUCUGCACGCCGCACGACUUCCUGCACUUCCUGCUGGACCGCAUCGGCAGCACGCUGUCCAGGGCCCAGCAGGACCCCUCCUCGACCUUCACCAAGAUCUACAAGCGGAGCCUCUGCGUCCUGCAGGCCUGGGUGGAGGACUGCUACGCCGUGGACUUCACCAGGAACGCGGGGCUGCUGGGCCGGCUGGAAGACUUCCUCUCCUCCAAGAUCCUGCCCCUGGACGGCUCUGCUGAGCACCUGCUGGCCCUCCUGGAGGUGCACACGGACCGGCGGGCCGAAGGCACCCCUCGAGGCGCAGACCUGGAGGACCCCAAAGAGGCUGAGGAGGACGCCAGACCCUUCAACGCCUUCUGUAAGCGGCUCUCAGAGGACGGCAUCUCCCGGAAGAGCUUCCCCUGGAGGCUGCCCCGGAGCAACGGGCUGGUGCUGCCCCAGCACAAGGGGCGGCCGUACACCAUCGCCGCCGCGCUGCCCAAGCCCUGCUUCCUCGAGGACUUCUACGGCCCCUGCGCCAAGACCAGCGAGAAGGGGCCCUACUUCCUGACGGAGUACAGCACGCACCAGCUCUUCAGCCAGCUCACGCUGCUGCAGCAGGAACUGUUUCAGAAGUGCCAUCCCGUCCACUUCCUGAACUCGCGGGCCCUGGGAGUCAUGGACAAAAGCACAGCCUUCCCCAAAUCCAGCUCUUCCGAGUCUCUGUCGGCCAAAACCUGCAGCUUGUUUCUGCCCAAUUACGUCCAGGACAAGUACCUGUUACAGCUGUUAAGAAACGCCGACGACGUCAGCACCUGGGUGGCUGCCGAAAUCGUGACCAGCCACACCUCCAAGUUGCAAGUGAACCUGCUGUCCAAAUUCCUGCUGAUCGCAAAAUCCUGCUACGAGCAGAGGAACUUCGCGACAGCCAUGCAGAUCCUGGGUGGGCUGGAGCAGCUGGCCGUGAGGCAGUCCCCUGCCUGGAGAAUCCUUCCUGCAAAGAUGGCGGAGAUCCUGGAGGAGCUGAAAGCCGUGGAGGUCUUCCUGAAGAGCGACAGCCUGUGUCUGAUGGAGGGGCGGCGCUUCCGGGCCCAGCCCACCCUGCCCUCCGCCCGCCUCCUGGCCAUGCACAUCCAGCAGCUGGAGACAGGGGGCUUCACCAUGACCAACGGGGCCCACAGGUGGGGCAAGCUCAGAAACAUAGCCAAGGUGGUGAGCCAGGUGCACGCCUUCCAGGAAAACCCCUACACCUUCAGCCCCGACCCCAAGCUCCAGUCGUACCUCAAGCAAAGGAUCGCGCGGUUCAGCGGAGCCGACAUUUCCACCCUGGCCGCAGACAGCAGGGCCAACCUGCACCAGGUCCCCAGCGAGAAGCAGUCGCGGAAGAUCCAGGACAAGCUGCGCAGGAUGAAGGCCACGUUCCAGUAACCCAGCUCAGCUCCCGUCAGGUUGUGGAAUUCCAGACAUGCCGGACCUGCCAGGAGGGCUGGAGGCAGAGGGCGCGCCCAGGCCCGGAGCCCGGGCGGGCCGAGCAGGGCUGCCUCAGGCUGCAGCGGGGGCCCGCAGGUGGGGGCCCCACAGUGGGGCGGGCGGUCUCCUCCCAGCAGACGGAGCCAGGACAGGCACCAGAGCCUUGGGGGCUUGCGUGUUUCUGCUAGAAUUAAAAAAUCAUCUUCAAAGAUGAAAAUAGAAAAAGUAGACUUCCCAAGAAUGUCGAAUUUGUACCUCUCACCGUGACCCUUCAAAAAGCCAGCACCGUCCGUCCCCCUGAGCAGACGCCAAAUGCACCUGCUCACCGAGGAGGCAUGGCCCUCAGAACCGCACCCAAGAGCGGCUCCAGGGGCUCCAAGACCUUCCGCCUGGGCCGGCGCCUGGGUUCACGCCCCACUUCCGCUGUGCUGUCUCCCUGGGAGCUCGCCUAGGGGCGGAAAGUAGCCUCUGAGGCCCAGCCUCCUGCAGCGGUGAGCGCCUUGGCCCGGCCCCCUCCCUUCGGGGAACCACUGUAGGUGAGGCGGGUCCUGCAGAGGCUGCAGAACAUGAGUCAGCUCCAGCCCAGAGAUGCAGCGUCCGCGGCUGGGGCGCUGCGCCCAUCCGCCUCCAGCACCAGCGCUCGGACCCGCGCCCACCGCCCCACUGUGUCCCUACGCCCGCUGCGCCCUGGCCCCUGCGCCCACUGUGUCCCUACGCCCACUGUGCCCAGUCCCCUACGCCCGCUGCGCCCUGGCCCCCAAACCCACCGCGCCCAGUGUCCCUACGCCCACCGCGCCCUGGUACCCAAAACCACCGCGCCCACUGUGUCCCUACGCCCACCGCGCCCCAGCCCCCAAACCCACCGCGCCCACUGUGUCCCUACGCCCACUGCGUCCUGGUACCCAAACCCACCACGCCCACUGUGUCCCUAUGCCCACUGCUCCCUGGCCCCGCACCCACCGCGCCCACUGUGUCCCUACGCCCACUGCUCCCUGGCCCCGCAGCCACCGCACCCACUGUGUCCCUACGCCCGCUGCGCCCAGGUCCCCAAGCCCACCGCGCCCACGCGCUUGGCGCGUCACUGUCACUCGUGCUUUGCCAGACCAAGGACAGGCAGCUGCUCAGUGGUGGCGCCAAGGCCCUCCCCAAGGCUCAGGCUCCAAACGCUGGUUUUGCGCUCUCGCUGGGGGUGGAGGGAGCCCCUCUGCCAGGUGCGGCCUGUGAACAGGGCGGGGCGGCCGGUGCCCCCACUGGGCUCCCGGACAGGGACAUGGAGCCCAGGGCCUGUCCCAGGCUCUGGCUCUCACAGGGCAAAUUACCGCAAGACCCGGGAUUUUUCAGUUUUAGAAUUAGUGAUUCUUUAGCGCAACCAGCUAGUGGUGUUUCUAGGAAAACUCUUUGUGACAAAACGCUUAACUUUUAAUGUCAAGAUGUGUUUUCCCACAUAAACUCAUGGGAGACAUCUGGGCCCUGCUUAAAUGGAAUAUAGGAGGAACAGCAUCCUGGCUGUGCAAAGCAAUCGUUUUUUUAGGCUUUUUUGCAAGGAUUAUGUUCUGCUGAUCAACCCCCACGUUUUCAGAUUUUGUAUCUAGCAAAUCAGUGCUCAGCGCACGUCAGCAUUUCAGCCGUAAGGAAUCGUUUUCCUAGGGAAGUGACCAGGCUUUGGCUUAGGCACAAGCGUUUGCAUGUCUCCCAACCCGUCACGUGGUACCAAUUUCUAAAUAAAGUCGUUUCUACCAAG